UUACCGUUCCAGAACGGCAUGCCUUAGGCCACCACCUGAACGGCAUGUGCCGUUCCUGAACGGCAUGGUAUGUCAGUGGUCGCGGUGGCACGUGCCACAGGCCAAUAAACGAUCUCUGCGCUACUGGAGAAAACCCCACGGGCAGUUGAACUAACUAACUAAACAUCACUCAAUCAAGAAACUGUGUACAUACAAUUAUACCUCGAGCUGUUGCUUUGCAUAUCCUUAUUCACGUUGGUUAUGUGAAUAUCUUAACAUAAGAUAACUUUAGGAUAUGAUUAAGUCAUAUCCUAAAGAGAAAUAUUAUGCGUAGGCCUAUGUUAUGAGCCUUGUACCUUGUAACUUGAAUAGGACCAUGGUCCCUAAGGUGUAGGCCUACUUCAAAGUUAGACUUAUGCUGUGAGACAAGCACGCCGAAAUUAUACUAUCACGUAUUCUUUAUGAGAGAAGAAUAUAAUGUAGCCUACUAUAAAAUAAGAUAAGGAAUAGGAUUGUACUUUAUUGAUCCCGCGGGAAAUUCGUGAAAAGAGUAGCUGUUGCGGCUGCCGCACCAGAGGGUGCGCAGUGCGCACAGAGCCGGUGUUACACCGAAUUCUCCGUUUGUUUCGUACAUUAUAAUUGGCUAAUUAAGGGCGCCACCAGAGGGCGACCCCAACACAUUUGCCGUAGCCUAGGUCGCCUAUGCCGAGGGCGCCGGCCCUGGAUGCGCAGAUGUGUAUAAUUACGUAUUCUUUCUAUAGAUCAGAUAUAAACACUAGACAGUAGCAUAAUGUCUAUAGUGUUUUCUGAUCUAGUAUGUAGACCACGUCAUCUAGCCUACAUCGUUUACCUCCAGCUGUAGCCUAACUGGUUUUCCAUAUUCACUUUGUGUGCCUGAUUUUUUUUUAUGUGAAUUAUGACCAUAGAAAGCCGAGAAAUAUGAUGCGAACAUACUGGCAAUGAAUUGACAGUAUGUUUGCAGUAUGUGUGCAUUCAUAUUUUUCGUAACGUUCACGUGUAAUUUGUUACGUUAACGUGUCAAUUUGUGUUACGUAAGGGUAGGGCUGGACCCCUCGAAUUGCGCACUAAUGGCCUUCCGUAUCCAUACUAAUAGAACACUGGUCACUUUAUGACACAGUAGCCUAUGACCUGGAUUGCGGCUAUGGUCGUCCAAAUGCUUUGGGGGGGAGCCUUAUCAAAUGCAUGGCGGUCCAUUUGCUGGACGCACCUCCAGCAGCUCAGUCGACAGAUCCUGUCGCCCCCGUUCGGUUCGAUCUGAGCACAAUCUACACACCAGUUCAAAAUGAGUCUACAGAAGAAACCCGUUCGUCUCAUCGCGGCAGCAUGCAAUGAUUUGGGAAUCGGAAAGAAUGGAAAGCUGCCUUGGAGUUUACCGAACGAGUUCAAGUACUAUUUGAACAACCUCAGUCGAGUCUCACGUCCAGGAAUGUUCAAUUUGGUGGUGUGGGGAAGACUGAACUGGUUCUCACAAGAGGAAUUUCUCAAAGAGAAUGUUAUACAUGUGGUUUUGAGUAAAACCUUAGGCGUUGUUCCAGAUAACGCACAGUACCUACGAGAGGACCUCGAGGGGGCUAUUCGUCUGGGCGCCUCCCCUCCCCUCAGUGACAUCAUAGAAACCAUCUGGGUCGUCGGCGGCACCGGGGUCUACAAGGAGAGCCUGAUGCACCCAUGGUGUGACCUGAUAUACCUCACGGAUGUCAUGGCCAACAUUGACUGUGAUGUUUUCUUCCCCAAUUUUGACAGACAGAUAUUUAAAAAGCAAGACAGAUUUCCUGGCGUGCCGAGUGAAAUCCAAGAAGAGAAUGGGGUCAAAUACAAGUAUGAAGUUUAUAAGAAAGACAUUCACUAUCAAGAUUAGCUGAUGUAAAAUAAUAUUUAUUCUGCUAUUUCAAGUGCCUCAAAUCAGAAAAUAAUAAAACAUGUCAGGGGAUUUCAGUCA